AUGGCUCCCAAAAGAGAACCCUCAAUUAAAAAGUCUCCUUCACCAGUGACCCAGCCCAGACUGGGUCCUCCAUACCCCUGCAUGCCUGCAGCUCCUGCAACUCCAAAGUCGACUCCAGAGCAGAAGCCCAGGAUGCUGCGUCCUUCGGAUUCUCCGUUUGACCCAAGCACUUUGGAGUCUGACUUCUCAGAAGAUCAAAUCCUCGAGUUUAAGGAGGCAUUCCUGCUGUUCGACAGAACAGGAGAUGGGAAGAUCGGCUUCAACCAGUGUGGGGACGUCAUGCGGGCCCUGGGACAGAACCCUGUCAAUGCUGAGGUGCUCAAAGUCCUGGGAAACCCCAAGGCUGAGGAGAUGAACACCAAGACGCUAGACUUUGAGCAGUUCCUGCCCAUGUUCCAGGCCAUUGCUAAGAAUAAAGAUCAGGGUUCCAUGGAGGAUUUUGUGGAGGGACUGCGCGUCUUUGACAAGGAGGGCAACGGCACAGUAAUGGGAGCAGAACUACGUCACGUCCUCACCACGCUAGGUGAGAAAAUGACAGAGGAGGAAGUGGAGACGCUCUUGGCAGGACACGAAGAUGCAAAUGGCUGCAUCAAUUAUGAAGAACUGGUCAGAAUGGUUAUGAGCGGGUGAAGACGAAGAGCAUCCCACUUUUUAAUUUACCCUUUCACGUGCACCCUGUUUUUGCAUUUAGCUUCUACAGUCCCCUCAAACUUUUCCAUGAAUUAGUUUGUCACAUUUAAUUUAAGAAGUGCCUUUACAUUCCUGCAAGAGACCACAAGUGAUCCUGGCUAUUGCUUCCAGGUGUAUUGACAUGUAUGACCAAGUUGUAUUCACUGAGUCUUGGUGCUUGCAAUAUUUGCUACAACAUUUAAAGGUGGACCAUUUAAGACAACAUAAAUUGUUAAAGAUAUGCUAUAGUUGUUGAUACUAGUGUGUCAAUGCUGGACGGACAUUUAUAAAUAUAUACAGUAUAUACACGUCAUACUAUCAGCAGCCUGCUGUGUCAUUGGCUAAGACUUUUGUUGGCUAAAAAAAACUAAAAAGAAAAAGUUCCUGAUUGUACGGUAAACCAGUAUAUUCAAAGCCAUAAUAUCACGAGA